GCAAGCAAAUGAAGCAAAGCCCGCGCGUUAGUUAGUAAAGCAAAAAAAAAACCUAAACGAAACACACCGUGAACAAAAAAUCGAGAAAAACAGACAGAGAUUACUUUAUUUCCCUAUAGUUGAUUUGCUUAGUGACAAGUGAAAAUUCCUUUUCUUCUCAAAACAAAAAAAAAUAAUAAAUACUAAACUAAUCAAGAAACUACUGAGAUGCUGUUUAAAUUUAAUGCAAAAAGUAUAGAUAUUAUCUAAGAAAAAAAUAGGGAAAUUGACUAAUGUUAGUAAUAACAAUGUUUUUUGUAGUUAAAAAGUUCAAAAAGGGUAAACAAAAGUAAGAUUUCUUUUUCUUUUCAAAUUUGCCGUGAAAAAAGAGAGGAAAAAAAAACAAUUUUAUAGUUAAAUUGUAAAACGAAUCGAACAGAAAAAAAAACAAAUCACACUAACGUAAAACCACUUUUUGAAACCCAAUUCUGAUUCAGCAUGAAAAGCCCGUUUCUUCUCGUUUCUUCUAGUUCCCAAUUUGAAAAUCGAAGCUUGACGGCCAUGUUCAAAUAUCAUCGGUACAUUUCGCAUAGGUCACAGUUGGAUUUCAAAUCGAAACAAGAAAAAUAAUAAUAAAUUAUAUAUUAUAUACACAUCAUUCGAAGGAAGAAAAGGAGAAAGGAAAAGAAGAAGAGGAAGAGAAAAAAACAGUAGCUCUAAUAGUAACCGAAGAAGAUAUCAUAAGAGGAACAAAGAAAAAAAAUUGCAUAACAAUUGUUCAUCACCUAAACAAGCUUUAAAUUUCCCAAAGACUUUACCAAACAAUCUCAUACAAUUUUUAUCAAGCGAACGGCGAGAAAAUGUAGAACCGCUUUUAGCAUUCGGAUAUUUCUUCUGUUUUUUUUUUUUUCGUUUUUGUUUUAUUUUUUUUGUGAUGCCUUCCUCUUUCUUCGCAAUCAAUCAGGUAUGCUAGUUUUUUUGUUUCUAGUUUUGUGCGAGAGAAACAAAAAAAACAACAACAACAACAAGAAAAAAUCGCAGAGGAUGUAAGAGUUAAGACUAUUUAUUGCAUAUCAAAACUUGAUAAGAGAGUAAUACCCAAAACAAAACAAGCAUUCGAAACCAAAAGUCGAAAACCGCGUGUUUAGAUGAGUGAGUUAGUAGAGAAUAAACAAAUCAAUUCGGCGAUCUGCGAAAACUUCUGACUCAAAUUAGUAGAGCCACACACACACACACACGACAGACGACAACACAACAAACACAGCCAAAGUAAACCGUUGAUUUUGCCUUAAUUUAGCUGAACAUGUUAGAGAACUCGGUUCGAUCCAGUACCGGUUUCGAGAGACUGAAAUGAAUAUCCAACGGAAAACAGAGAGAUAGUGAGAGAGCGAGUGAAAUAUAGAGAGAGAAUAAAAAUCGAACCGUACGUUAAAUAGUUUCCCAAUCAGCCGCCAAGCGUUAGCAAAAUUUGCAAAGUUUCUUCAGCUCUGCCCCGCCUUAUUUUGACGGUGGGUUUAAGUCUCCGGCUUCUAAAAACAAAAAAUCGUUACAAAUUAACAAAAAAUACCCGUAGCGGGUUUUUUGAAUCAUCACACAUACGUACAUGUAGGCAUCAGUCAAUCAGUCAAUUACACGUGAAAAGCAAUGGAUUCGUGAGAAAAUAGUAAAAAGAUCGCUGAUCCCAUUAAGGAACAAAGGAUACCAGCUGGCGGGAGCCUUUUAAAUGCAUUUUACCGAGAGAAAGGGAGGGGAUUUGUGAGAUUUUUCGGUAACAGAAUAUCAUAAUGUCAAAUUGAUUAGCCCUGUAAAUGGGAUGCUUUGUUUCGAGAGAAAAAAGCGGGUGGGUAAUGUCACAGACAUAACUGACAUGCCUCUUUCCAACUUCUGAAUAUUCAAAAUUCAAUUUAAAAUAAAAAUUGUGUUUUUGUGGAAAUUAAAAUUAUGUACUUCUGAAACCAGAUACCGGAUUCGGGUGAAGCCUUUCAUUUGAAUCCACUAUAAAUUUGUGAAAAUCGGCCGAGUCAUCUCAGGUUCUGUUUUGGAAUUUAUGGUCGCUACUCCCGGAACCGAAAAUCGAAAACCGGUAAGAUCUUAAAAUCGACAAAGUUUUGAGCCAAAUAGAGAAGAUGUAUCUGCUUUGGUUGCAUUGUUACUUUUAAUGACGAUUUGAAAUUUUCAAAAUAUCAUAUUGAAAUGUAACAAAUUUCAUUUGAAUAUAAGUUUGUAAAAAUAGGCUAAGCUGGAAAUCAGUGUGGGUUUAAUUUCGUAAACAGGUAAAUUUAUUCGGCAAAUAACUCACAAAAUUUGCAAAGUAAUGGUUUACUAAUUAGUUUCAAGGUAUUUGUUUCUUUCGUCCUUUAUGAAAAACAUUUUUGAAAUUUAUGGUUGUAACAACCAUCACUCUGAAAUUCCGGAACCGACAGCCAGAGCCAAAAAUUUAAUAGUAAUCUAUUACUUACCUUACCUAACAGCUAUAGGCCUGGGGUGUCCUUUGCUGUAUCAAGCAUACGUCUCCACAUAACUCGAUCCAUGGCUGCUCUUCGCCAGCCACUCAAGGCACGGAUGCUUCUGAGAUCACCCUCCACUUGAUCGAUCCUCCUCGCUCGCUGCGCUCCUCUUCUUCUUGUUCCAGUCGGAUUAGCUUGAGCUUGAGCUUGAGUUCGAGCGACCACCCCUGGUUGCUACUCCGUUACUGAUCGGGAUUAGCUGAAAUUGUACAGGGAGUUUUUAGAUGAUCCAUCCUGGGACUGGUAAAUCAUCCUUCAAUGUACAUCUUCUGGUAAUCCCAGAAAUCAUUGAUCAGUACCGGCGCCGGCCAGGCCCGAACGUAGAUCGUCUAAGGAAUGGGAAGGAAUGUUAGUCCAACACUUGUUGUUACUAGAGGCCGUAUAUACUACUGCGCACUCCACAAGUGUCACGGGAGAAGGAUAUUUGUUAGUAAACAUUUCAGUAUUGGUUUCGCGCGCGACGCAGUAUCUUCCGGUUUCAAGAUGCUCGGAUGCACCACUAAACUCACUAACUCCCUGAGAGAACGUUUCAACAAUAUCCUAUAUUAAAGUCCCGGGAAGUCUUGAUUCACAGAUCUUAUUCGAGGAAACUAAAGAAAAAUUUGCAAUACUAUCGCGUAAAGAAUAAAAGCUUCCCUAUUUUUUUUAAAUGAAAUUACGUGAUACAAAAUAAACGAGUGAAUAGGAUGUAGACAAAAUAGUUGAUUCAUUGCAUUGACAUAUUCUGAACAGUUGUUAUAAAAUCAUUUUAAAUCACCAAAUAUAGGUAAAAAGAUUUCACGCGCGUCUUUAUUAUUUCCGCUUUAUUAUUUUAAUUAUUAAAUAAAAUUAUUAAUUGGCUAUACUGGUUGAUCUGGGCAGCCUGCUACCGAGAAAAAUAUUAAUUUGUUGUUUGAAAUAUUAAUAUCAAGUGUUUUUACUAUGUAUUCAAUAUACCGAUAUAUGUUAUCUCUGUUAUUAACUUUGUAAUAUCAACGGGUUUGCGCAAUAGUUAUCAAUUCAAUUUAUAAUCCUGAAAGACAAUCAAUAACAUGGAAGAAGAAAACAUUCCAAAUACAACUUUUCUCCGAAGCUAGACGGAAAUUAAUAGAUUGAAUGAAGAGAUAAUUUAAUAAAAUAGAGUAAUCAGAAGUGAAACAUUGAAAAUAUCUGAUAACUGAAAGGAAAAAUAAACUCCUGCAAUUGUCGCCUUCAACGACAUGGAAGCAGGAACCCAGUGGAUCUAUUCUUGGUUCAUUUUUUUCCGCCGGAUUCCACACGGCAUCUAGGCUGGUACUGUCCAGAGAGAGCUAAUAGGUACUAUCAAUCUCCUAGUGGACCCCAGCCCCUAAAAAUGACGUGUAAAGGCAUUGGUGAUAAAUUCUCCAAACAAAUUUGGAAUGUCAUUACUAAGUAAUCAUUACACAUGACAUUAUUAUUUCUCGUGUAAGGGCCGCUUUAGAUUUGGGCUGAUUACAACAAACUUAGGCUUGUUUUACAGUUAUUUUUAAGUCAUUGUUUUUGUUUGAAUUUCUAAUGGCAAUCACUUCCGGUUCCGGAUAUAUGGUGGCAGAAGUGACGCAAUAAAAUGCAUUUUUUUAUUUGUUCAAUUUCACCGAUGACUUAACGGAUUUCGUCAAACUUAGACCUAUUUAAAAGAUUCUACAAGAAACCGGCCAAAAAACUUAAGAUCCGGGAGAUUUAAUUUCAUAAGUGAAGUAAUCGAUAAAUCGCUUUUUGCUUCAAUACGCAACAUAUUCGAUGAUGUAAAUUAGGUUUCUAUUCAACUUUAAAACGCCUUUGUAGACUACUCCGCUGGUUUGCACUUCCAAAACAGAGCACAAUAUCCUAGCGUUGUUUCGUCACAAUUCGAACAUUCUACGCCAAUACAAAUUACAAAUUAAUUGUCGAUUAGUUACCCGAAAAAUCAACUGCAGCGAUAAAAAUUAACCAAUCGGCCUGUAAAAGUAGCACAUUACUUACUAAACUUAGGAAUAUGUCUUAGGAAUAUGUUCAAAAACUCGUUAAGAAAACUUCUUCCCAUUCAGAUAGUCGCGUUAUAUUAAAAAUCAUUGAAAAUAAACACUUUUACUGAUUCUGCACUUAACAAUAAUGGGUGACGCUUGCAAUUAUCUCUUCUUGUACCAGUCGGAUUACAUUCAAAAACCAUUUUCACUGGGCUGUCGUCCGACAACCUUAUGACAUGGCCAGUCCGAUACGCCUAGCUUCAGCUUUCAGUCCGAUGUAGGUUUCCAUAAUCUUUUCAAGGUUACGUGUCACAAUAUCAAUAUCGUCAGCGAAUCCAAAAAAUUGUACAGACUUUCGGAAGAUCGUGCCACUCGUGUCGAUCCUCGCUCUUCGAAUCACACCUUCCAGGGCAAUAUUGAACAAGAUACAAGAAAGUCCAUCACCUAGCCGUAGCCCUCUCCGAGAUUCGAAGGGACUCGAGAGCGUCCCAGAUGCUCGGACGUAGCACAUCACUCUAUCCAUCGUUGCUUUGACCAAUCGCGUCAGUUUAUCCGGGAAACCGUAUUCGUGCAUGAUCUGUCAUAGCUGUUCUCGAUCGAUUGUGUCGUAUGCCGCUUUGAAGUCAAUGAAUAGGUGAUGCGUGGGUGCGUUGUAUUCACGACACUUCUGGAGUACUUGUCUUAUCGCGAAUAUGUGAUCCGUAGUGGCGCGGGCUCCAGAAAAUCCCGCUUGGUACGGCCUUACGAAUUCCUUAGCUAUUGGUGAUAGACGACGGCAAAGGAUUUGGGAGAGUACCUCGUAGGCGGCGUUCAGCAAUGUGAUUGCGCGGUAAUUGCAACAGUCGAGCUUAUCGCCCUUUUCGUAGACGGGACAUACCACUCCAUCCAUCCAUUCCUGCGGUAGAAUCUCCUCCUCCCAAAUCCUAGAAAUCAUCCAGUGCAGCGCUCUAGCCAGUGCCUCUCCUCCAUGUUUGAGCAGCUCGCCUGGCAACUGGUCAUUGCCCGUGGCUUUGUUGUUCCUCAGCUUGCCGAUCUCCUCACUUAUCUCCGACAGAUCAGGGGCUGGGAAUCUGUCGUCGGCUGAGCGUGCGCCCAGAUUGAUUCCUGUACCGUUCUCUGUAUUUUGUGCUUCGCCAUUCAGAUGCUCGUCGUAGUACACUGCUUCCACCUGUCGAUCACCUCACGUUCGUUCGUGAGAAGGUUACCGCUGGUAUCUCUGCACAUUUCGGCCUGUGGCGUGUAGCCUCUACGUGAGCGGUUCACCUUUUCAUAGAAUUUCCGUGUAUCAUUUGAGCGGUACAGCUGUUCCAUCGGUUCGCGAUCUUGGUCUUCCUGGUGGCGCUUUUUUCUCCGGAAAACCGUGUUCUGUCUGUUCCGUGCCUGUCUGUAUCGUUCCUCGUUCGCUCUAGUGCGGUGUUGCAACAUCCUCGCCCUUCCUGCAUUCUUCUCUUCGACCAACUGCUGACAUUCGCCGUCAAACCAGUCAUUUCCUCGAUUCGAUAACCUCGUACCUAGAACGGUUGCAGCAGUGCUACUCACGGCGGACCUUAUGUUCCUCCAGCCGUCUUCAAGAGUCGCCGCGCCAAGCUUCUCUUCCGUUGGUAGCACUUGCUCCAGUUGUUGCGCGUAUUCCUCUGCAGUACGAAUGCUACGUAGCUGCUCGAGAUUGAGUCCCGGCGUUCCUGUGCGACGAGUAUUGUGCACCGUCGAUAGUUUUGAGCGCAUACAAACCGUGACAAGGUAGUGGUCAGAAUCAAUGUUGGCACUGCGGUAAGUGCGGACAUUGAUGACGGCGGAGAAGAAUCGCCCGUCGAUGAGAACGUAGUCGAUUUGAUUUUCCGUAUGUUGAUCAGGUGAUCUCCAGGUGGCUUUGUGGAUAUCUUUGCGGGGUAAGAAGGUGCUUCGAACUACCAUUCCUCGGGAGGCUGCAAAGUUUACGCAUCGUUGACCGUUGUCGUUUGUUACCGCGUGCAGGCUCUCCAGCCCGAUCACGGGCCUGUACAUUGCCUCGCGGCCUACCUGAGCAUUCAUGUCGCCGAUGACGAGUUUUACAUCCCGCCGUGGGCAGCUGUCGUAGGUUUGUUCCAGCUUCCUUCUCGUCAUCGGGUCUCGUCUCAUGUGGGCAGUGCACGUUAAUGAUGCUGUAAUUGAAGAAACGGCCCUUGAUCUUCAAUACGCACAUUCUAUCACUGAUUGGCUGCCACCCAAUCACGCGCUGGCGCAUCUUGCCCAACACUACGAAUCCCGUUCCUAGAACGUUGGUUGUGCCACAGCUCUGGUAGAAGGUAGCCGCUCUAUGCCCACUUUUCCACACCUUCUGUCCCGUCCAACAAAGUUCCUGCAGUGCUACGACAUCGAAACCGCGGAUUUGAAGCUCAUCAUGCAGCAUUCGGUCGUAUACUGGGAAGCCAAGCAGUUUGCAGUUCCAUGAGCCAAGCUUCCAAUCGUAGUCCUUUGUUCGUCGCGUAGGUCUUUGCCGAUUAUUCCGAGUCGUAUUUCCUUCUUGAUCGUUCGUAACAUAUGUUUUCCGGGCGGCUUGUUAGGCCUGUACCAACCUCCUGUCUCGCCGGAGGGCCAUCGUGUCAGCACUGUUUAGAGUCCCACACUGACACAAGGACGGUAAUCAGCCGCUCCUAACAUGGAGAACAGACGCUCGGGUAGGCUCGCUCUCUGUAAAGAGAAGGCAAGCCCCCCCUUCCCUGUUAGCAUACGACCAAGGUCCCACCGGGGUUGGUUACCUGAUCUUUCCUAUGGUUACUCGUACCCCAGCCGGCACCGCGGGGAGUUAGGGAUAGGAGUUACUGGAAAAAAGGUACAUAAGCAAUGGUUUUUAUUGUCUGAGGGCCCCUGCCGAAACGAAAUCCUGGGUACGGGCCUGCCAAUCAGAGCUUACAGAAGUAAUUUUCAUUUACUCAAAAUAAAUAGACUAAAAUGACAUGAAAAAAAUGUCACUCUCAGCUCCGCUUGCAAAUUAUAAGAACGAGAUCCAUGUCCAGUCAACGACAACAGUGGUUUAAAAGUGUGUUCUCACAGUCAUUUUAGGUAUUCAGUGAAAAUCGUAUACUGUGCAGUGUCGAUGUUCAACCGAAACUUCACGAAUUGUUAAUGAUAGAAAACAAUUCACAUUGAUUUUUACCUGUUGGUGCUCGUAUCUAUAAACGUUUUACUUUCCAAAGAGGUUCUGAGGUGUAAUAAAUCCUUCGAUUUAGGAUACUUUCGAUACCGAUUUUCACUAUAUCGAUGAGAGAAUGAGGAACUCGGCAAACGACCGCAACUAGGGUUUAAAUAAGUGAUAUUAAAAAAAAGAAUGAGAAUUGAUUUUGAUUCUCUAUACAGGCAUUAUUUUGGCAUCACCUUAUUACAGUAGAUCGAGUGACGUUGGCAUUGAUACUUUCUUUUGUUACAGUGAGAGAUGAUCACUGUAACAAAAGAAAGUCUCUCUUCGUUAGUUUUGGAUGCGAUCGCUCACGAAUGAGGCAGUAAUAAAACGAAUAUGAGGCUGUUGGAUACUCUAAUGUAUUUUGGUCCGACCUAUAUAUUUCUGGAUGUUAUCAAAAUAUAGUACAUUGUAUGUCAGAAUUUUCUUUAUCGAAAGUAUCUAUUUUGUGCGAUUUCAUUAUCUCAACGCCUUUUAGUUCAGCUGGCGGUCACUACGACGCAUACCUUGAGGCACUCGAUCCACGCUCUUUCGUUUCCUGAAACGUUUGAGCGCUUCAUACACAGUUGAUUUGACGAUUUUCAACGUUUUUUCCGAUUUUUUAUUGUGGCCCACGUUGGAUUAUCAAAGUGGGUGUGCAGAAUUUUUUCACUUCUCUCGGCUUCCAUCUGAAUUUUUACCACAGAAAGAGCGUAAAGGAAUUCUUGCAGCGGACACUUUCCGUGCCGCUGCAACACAAUAAAUGAUUCCGGAUUCUAAUAGCUGGACAGAACUUUAUCAUGCGUACUUUGUAGUCGGAUGAUUCUCGGUUCAAGGUGCGUUGUAGCUAUCGACUUUUUGUUUUAUAUUUCAUUGAAUUUGCUGCCAUGUAAUUUCCAAAACACUUGUUCUUGCAUACAAAUUUGCGCGAAGUGCGACGAUUUAUUUAUAUGCAACUUUACAUCCUACUUUACAUUUAAUCAUAACGGGUUGGAACUUAAAUCUUGGAUUUUCUUUCUCAAGCUGUCAAAAAAAGACAAACAUACUUGAAAAUGAUCUGAUUGAUUGAAAUUAAACAUACAUUGUCCAUUGUUAAAAAAAAUUAGUGAACAUUUGAAAACGGUCCGUAAUCGGAUGUUCGGCGAAGCUUCCGUUUGAUGUCGGAACAGGAGCGUUGUACGGCCUUCAUAUCAACUUUGCGAAUGCAUCUCUUGAUUCUUCCAAUCAACUGUUUGCAAUUCGUGGCUCUCCAGUUAUUUUUGUACACCAAGGAGCUCAAAACCCCGAAGAAAUCUUCGAUUGGGCGACACUGAGGCAGAUUUGUCUGGUUGUGGUUUUUGGGUACAAAUGAGAUCGAAUGGGUAUUCAGGAACGAUUGUGUUUUUUUGGCGUAAUGCGAUGACGCUUUAUCCGGCCAAAACACGUAUUGUCCAUCAGCAUGAUGUUUUUGAAGAAACGGGAUCAAAAUUUUCUUCAAACAUUCGUUCUGAUACACAUCUUGAUUGAUGGCCAAGCCAGAGGGCUUGAACCAUGGCUUAGAAAUACCUUUCUCGGAAAGGGCAAUGUACAGCAUCACUUUCUGUUCAAACUUAUGUUUAAACUUAUAUUUCAUGUUCGGAGGUGCAAUAGAACUAUCCGUUGAAUAGUAUCGAUCGUUUCCGAGAAUCUGCGUCUUCGGAAGAGGAAAAUAACUUUCGUCGUCUAAAACAAAACUUUUUCCGGAAUAAUUUUUAAUCGUCCAGGCAUCCCGUUGCCUCAGUGAAUCCUUGUUGUUGAAGGCACGAGAAAGAGAACGAAGUCCUUUUGCGUCCAUAAUUUGGCUGGUCUUCCACUAACUUUCUUGCGAGCAGUUAUUGGGGAUCUUAGGAUAUAGUAAAGAGUCGAAGCCGCCACAUUUUCGCUUUUAAAAUGUUGUACCGUAUACUUUUUGCCGAGAUUUCUGUGCAGUUCGUAGAACUGUACAACGCGCUCGCGAAAUACUUCUUGUUUCGACGGCACUUUGAGCAAAACUGAGCAAGCAUAAACAAAACAGAAAAUACUAGCAGAAAGAGGAGAGAGCUAACGCAUACACACUCUUAUUUUUCUCUGAGCUCGUUUGUUGCUAAGCUGCUAAGUUGCUAAUACAGGCCUCGAAAAAAUUCCUUAGUUGCCACCCGUUAAGAAUUUUACGAACUGUGUCUGAAAUCAGUCAUGAAACACGUUUGCACUCAUACGGCGAACAUGGCAUUAUACAAUCGAUGAUCUGACAUCACUGAAUGAGCCGAGUACUCAUCUUUCACCGUUCGAUGAAAAUUGUCCAUUCCACUUCCCAUUUGGGAAGCCUACUUCGAUCGAUUUUAAAUACCAGUCUGAAGAGAGGUGCACGUGUUCAACUGACAAACAGGUCAAUAAAUCCGUAAAUCAAAGGUAACUUAGUUACAAAGAUUCAAACCCAAAAGUGUUUGUUCAGUAUUUCGACACAAUUUCAAACUUGUCCAAAUCAAUCUUUUCUGACAAAAUGAUUUAAUGUUCCGCAUAAAUACUCACCAAUCCCUCCAAAACGGUAGCUCCGGAAGUAAUAAACGUAAACACAGGAUUUAGAGACCGGGAAUUGACACGUUCGUUGACCGGACACUUGCCUCGGUCUCGAAACCUCGGACGGAAGUUGCAAUCGCAGAAAAUCCUCAGCCCUUCUAAACUAUUCACACCCACACUACAAUCUAACCCUCAUGUGCAUUUUAUCAUCGAUAGGAAAAACGAGGAAAAAACUUAUUUCUGAGCUUGACCGAGACGGCAGCAAAAUAAGUAAAAUCUAGAGAAAAAAAAAACUAAUUUAGAUAGCUCACAAAAUAAAUCAUUAGAAAUCUUUAAAACAAAAAAAAAUACAAGGGAAAAUCCUAUUGGCUCUUUCCACAAACCAGUUUUUAUAUCAUUUCAUCGAAUCCCUUUCUAAUCAGUAAACCACGGAGUGGAGAUAUUUACUACAAACUAUAACUUUUUCUCGCGUUAGGCGCAUUGUUUCCGGGGUAGUUUUUCUUAGUGAUGUUAGGGCGAGCUGACUAUCGUCAGCGAAUGUUCAACACAGAUAGAAUAUGCUUUUCAAAUUCUUCCAACUGAUAGAUCUGUUUCGUGAAAAAGAAAAAAAGAUGAGAAGAAGAAGAAGAAAGAGAGGAAAACCAAAUACACUCCCAGAACGCAGCAAGCGCAUGGGUUGCUGAGUUACAACAUCCAACAUACCAGAAAAAAACGCUAUUUAACAAUCUCGCCUACUCUGGUAGUUGAUCGGGUUUUCUUAUAUUUUUUUCUUCCGUUUCAAUUUUUUUAACUACGAUUUAAGAUUCUAGGAAUGAACUAACUUAAGUCCGUAGAACGCGCAGAUGCGGCGGGAAAGCAUUUAAAUUUAAAAAUAAAAUUAUCCAGAACCAUGAUUCUUAUGACUAAAAUGUAUAAAUUAACUUUAUAGCAAAAGAAUAAAAAAAAAAUACGACGCAGAGUAAAAUGCACUCUCAUCUAGUUACAGCAGCAAGAGCCGAUAAAAACUGAACAUCAACAAACAAACAAAUAAAAAGCAGCUUAGUGCGAACAGUUUUGUUAGAAGAAGAAGAAGAAGAAGAAGAAAAUCAUCAGCUCGCAUUAAGUUUAGUCCAUUUUCUAACGACUAGCGAGAUAGAAAGCGUGCAGCAAACUUUAAUUUCCUAUAAACUAAAAUCCAUACGCUUUAAACUACGGAUUGUAAUUCAGCCAAAGAUCAAAUCAUCACGAUUCUAUACUAAUUAACUCUAGUUGAAUGAGAUUAGGACUAUUCUUCUGUUUCAAUGCGAGCCUAGGCAACCUAGACGGAAACGGAGAUGGGAGACGGAGAAAUGAAAAUAGAACAAUACUCGCAUGUCUUAAACAAACACUAAAAACAAAAUACUCUAUCGGAAGUUCUUAUCCUUUGUGAAGCAAACAAAUAAAAAAAAAAACGCCCAAAUGAGAAACAAUACAAACUAACUAACUUACAUUAGACUCUUUCCAAAUUCGUAGAGCAUUACACUCCCCUACUCCCUCCCGAAAACAAAACAAAACAAAAAACAAAAAGAAGAUAAAGAAAACAGCGCGAAUAGGCGAGGAGAGCAGGAAUAAGGUAACUAGGAACAGUCACUGGUAGGGCUACUUUUUUGUACUUAGCAAAAUAACAAACAGAAGAACAAACAUAAAAAAUAAAACAAUACUGAGCUAUUGUAGUGUUACAGAGCGGAAGCAGAUGAAGAAACAAAGAAAACCUAAAUUGUAAGAAGGUAACAACAACAACAACAACCAAACAAAAAAAAAAACGACCGUGUAAAUAGAAAACAACUCUUUUCGAACAAAACCGAAGAGAAUAGGAAACUAAACAAUGGCAAAUAUGUAAAAUUAUUAACACAAGAUGAAAAUAAUACCAAAGAAAUCACUAAGAAAAAAGGAUAUAUUUUUUUAUAAGGCAAGUAAUUAAUUGAUUGAAAAAUUAAAAAUCAUGAAAUCAGGCGUAUAAAGUUUUUUACCCGCUUUUUCCAAAAUUUGAGAAAAUAAAAACAAGAAAAGUAUGCUGAGAUAAUAUCGUUCUCUUUGAGAGAAUUUGUAUAGUAAAACGGUUUUAUUAAAUCAUAUAAUGUGAUAGUUAAUUAUGUAUUUUUUAGAACAACAGACAGAAGAAAAGAAAUCCUCUUCCAGAAUCUAAUGAGAAAAAAAAACACACGAGUGAACGAGUGACGUAAAAUCGCAUGGCAAAGCAAGCAAAGGGUAGUUGAAGAGAAUGUACUUUUUAAUCGUUUCUUUUUGUGUUUUUCUUUUUAAUUUAUUUCUUUUUUUUUGCUCCAUCAGCGCUCACAUGAACUCUAAAUAGAACUGUUUUUUUUUCUUUCUUCUUUUGGUCGAUUUAGGUUAGGCCAGUGUUUUCCCGACUUAGGUAAAUACAGAGGAAAAAUUUAAACAAAGUAAACUUUACUCUCCGGUAGAAUUAUCCCCUCUCCCGCCCUCCCCCCACAACUGAAAUUGCUGACGACCCCCCCCCACAAUUGUUACCAAAUUGUGUAUUGUGAAUAUUUCCAAACCAAAAAAAAACCAGCCGAACAGAAAAAUAAAUAGAGUUGUAAAAACCACGUCUGACAGCUUUUGUUUCUCUUACCAAAAUCGAAGAAAGUGUAAAACUAACAGCCACAAAUCCACACUGACACAAACACACACACACGGACACGAACACAAGCAAAUUCAAAUUACACACACGCAAACAGACGCUCUCUCUCUCUAGCGCUAGCGCUCACACGCACACAUCAACAGACUAUCAUCUACUCUACCGAAAAAAAAAGAAACGCAAACAACAACAACAACAACAACAGUAACGAAGCAUAAAACCAAAGCACUUUGCAGUUUAAAAACAGACACGGACCGAAUCUUUCUAUUUGCUGAACAAAACACAAAAACACACAAAGCAAAACAAACAAACAAAUGCGUGGUAAAUUUAAAAACUUCUUUUGAUAAAAUAUAUUUAAAGAAAAAAAUCGAAAAAAAAGUAUUACUGACGGUUGCGAAAGAUUCAAGAAAAUAUGAAAAAAUAUUGCUCCUGCCAUACAUUUUUUAUAAAACAAAAAGGAAAAAUUUAAAGUAAGAUUUAAAACAAAAUAGUCAUACCGCUAAAUGUGACAUAAGUUAAAGACAAUUUAGUUAAAAACCAAUAAUAUUAAAAUUCUAAAUGAACAAAACAAAGAUACUGAAAAAAAGAAAAGUGGAAAAUCAUCCACGGAAGGAGGAAAACAAAAGGAGGCUUUUAAAAAUAAACGACGCAAAAUAGGAAAAAAAACAGUAGACAUCAGUAUUUUGAUUUUUUCCGUCACUUCAAAUAAAAUCGUAAAACACCACAUAGCGAAAGUAAAGAGAUAAAAAAUCAAAACUAGUUGAAGGUUGCCAAAGAGAGUAAAAAAAAAAGAAUUAAACAAUAUUUGCGAAGUUUGUAAAAAUGAAGAGGGAAAACCCAUCCAUUUCGUCAAUCACGACAGUCGUGCGAGUUACCAUUUUACGUACGUUUUUUUUUUCAUCUUGACGCGCACAAACGAAGUUCGACAAAUGACAAAAGCAAAGCAAAAAAAAAACGAACGGCGAAAAACGAAUUUUGUGAACAUGGUGAGAAACGGUUUGCAACUUUUGUUUUCUUCGCCAACAGCGCUCCCAGUUCUGCACUGACUCCGGGGCACUCUCCGUAGCACCGCAACAUCGCAACACACACAGACACACGCAAACACUCUUACAUACGCGCACAUAAACGGUCAAACAACACACCCUCGUGACUUCCCGUACGAGAGAGAAUAAAAAAGAAAAAGAGACAGCCACCCGUUUUUUCGUCUGUAAAUACAACCGUCAUGAGGGAUUUUGUUUCUCACCAAAAAAUUUCUUGAACUCUCGAAAAACUAGGACUAGAACAUACAAAAACCUAAAACUGCUUUUUGAAAUUACAUCGAAGAAUUAUGCGUUUCCCCAAUUGUCUCACAGAAGAUUGUAAAUUUAUACAAGGACAAUAGCAACAAAACAACAAUUUCUCAUUACUCUAGUAACCAACUACAGAAUACUCUUCUCUCCUCUUCGACCUUGAGAAACAAAAAAAAAAUCAACACAAAAAUGCAUCAUGACACGACCGACAGUCAUAACCUCACUUACGCAUCGCAUUCUGACAGCCAACUGCAAUCGACUGCUAGUCGCGUGACACGUGCAAAAUUUUCAAUUCAAACGGAAUCUGGCCUACUGCUCUCUACUGCGCUUUUGGUUUCAUUCCACGGAACGGUUUUUUUUUGGUUUUAUUUUCAUUAUGACAUCUUCCAACAACAACAAAAAAAAGUGUUUUCCUGAUUUUUAGAAUCCGUUUUCAAGAAGCGUAUCUUAAAUCUUUUAAUGUGAAUUCACUUUUCUUUAACUACCACGCUUUUAUUGAAGUAAUGAAAAAAAAUUCUAAGCAAACUGAGCAGUAGGUUGAUAUUCGCCGUGUGCCUCUCUUACAAACAAAACAAUAAAAUAAACAAACAAAAAAAAACAAUUGCUUAUUCUACACCACAAACCAUCCAACCAUCAAGAAACUCUCUCAAAAAGAACAGGGAAAUCCUUACACGUGCAAAUAGCGCAGACAACACGGUCCACUUAGGCCUUUUCGUCGCAAAUCCCUCCAAAUUGAUUCAGCAAGUAAUCGGAAAUCUUUUCAAAACAAACACAGAAAACAGAAACAGAAAACGAAUAGAAAACGGAAUAAUCAAAUGAAGUGUAAAAUAAAAAACAAAAUACUACUGACUAACGAACAGAGAAAGAGAACAAUGGCAAACCGAACUAAGGAAGACAUUUAGAAAACCGUAGACCGUCGGUCGUUCUACGAGUACACCGCACACCAUUCUGGUCUUUGAUGCGCGAAAAUCGGUAGCAGAAGUGUGCAACCGAAACCAAAAAAGAAAUAAUAAAUAAGCGAGAGAGAAAGCAAGAUAAAGAAGAAAACAAAACCAUUAUUCAACAAGCGACGGCAAGACACAGACAAGAAUUAUAAUUGCGGAUACCUAAUUAAUUAGAAAUAACAAAAAUCGCAAACCAAAAAAGAAUUUAGGGAAACGAAAGGGGAAAGCAACCGAAACCAAACAACGCUAACCGGUAAUCGGUAUCGGAAACAAAAGCUAGCGUUUACAAAAAAAAAACAGUUCUAAGGUAGACGAAAGAAGAAGAAGAAAAAAAGAGGAAACCAGAUAUUAUUAGUAUAAUUUUUUCAAAUCGGAGACUAAUAGGUGCAGACAACAAUAUCGUUAUCAAGAUAAACGUGAAAUCAGCUAACAAACAACCAAAAACCAAAAAAAAUGCGGAAGACACAAGGGAGAUGAAAAGUGAACAGGCGUUUAAACAAACAAACAAAACUCACACACACUCACUCGCAACAGAGGAAAAAAAGCGUCAGCGGAAAAGGAAAACUAUAGAGUAAUCACAAGUUUAAUAAUAAAUUAAAUAAAUUAUUAUUAUUAUUAUUAUUAUGAUUAUGAUUAUUAUUAUUAUUAUAUUACCGAAACCAGAAAAAAAGGGAAAGAACGCUACAUGCAGAAAAAAAAGAAAACAAAAACCUAAAAAAUAAAGACGUUGUUAAGAUUAUGAAAUGUUUUAUAACCGUUAUAAAAAAAAUCGCUGCGAAAAAUAAAUCAAUCCAAACACAUUCCUCCUGUAAAAAAUUAAUCGCCUGCCUGUCA